UAAACAUAUCUAGAAAAAUAAUGUAACUGCGAAAACAAUAAAAAUUCAAUAACUUUUUGUUUUAAAAUUCUGUGAGACUGUGAUAAACUUUUUCUUAUAUAAUGUUAAAUAUUGCUACGAAUAAUAAAUUAGUGGUUGAAAAUGUGCAAUAUUAUCGUUCCGUGUAUAAAUACAGUUCAAUACAACGACUCAAAGAUGUGGAGAAAAUGCAUGGCGCACGUCGGGUUAUUGCAUUUUGUUGCCUGACAGCAGUCCUUCCAACAAUUUUAAUUAUCUUACCAUUAUAUUUACGGCAUAGUAUAUACAUCGAUGUAGCUUAUCCCGUUGCUGAAUCGGAUGUAAUUGAAGUAAAAGAUGGAAUUUCGUCAAUAUUUUGUCAAAAACAUAUCGUUAGAAUGAAUACAACAUUUAAUGCAUAUCAGCUACACGAAGAACCUGAAAUCAGUUCAAAACGUAAGCAUAUACGUUUAAAAAAAAGUAUAAUGCUACCAGAUGAUACCUUAGAAUAUUGGGGUUUUUAUUUGUUAAAUCAAUCAACGGUUGCUUUGAAGGUAUGUUCUCGAUAUGAGGGAUCUAGAAUUUUAGUUGUAGAAGGAGAUCGUAACCUACGCACAUGUGGCUUGUUAGAGCAUAAUAAAGAUAAAUUUGGUGGUCAUUUUGCUAAAGGGGCUGCCCGUGCUGUGAAGUUCUUUGAAAGUAACGCUCAAGAAAUCCACGACGCUACAAAUAUUACUAAAAAUAUACUGAAUGAGAAAAUUGAUGAUGAGAAAUUAGAGAAAAUCACGGAAACAAUGUUGGAAAAUCGUUUAAAACCGAAACGUCAUAAACGAAGACAUGCAAAACAUCGUAAUUUAACGCAUGAAGAAAAACGAAAUCGAUUAAAACGUGAUUUAGAAUCAGCGAUUAUUCUAGACGGAGGUGUUGAACAUGGUGGGAAUGCAGCGAAUCAUACUGGACAUGGUGAUCAAGAGAGUUCAGUUUCCAGUUUUGAAAAUGAUUUACUUAAAUGUUACGAUGGUCAGAUCUUAUUAUCGAAAGAAUUCUCGCCGAAUCGCGAAUGUACUGAUAUACAUUUUUUAGAUUCAUCUGGCGCCCAUAUGGAAACUAUUCACGAAGUUCAAGCAAAUGGCUACUAUUAUUAUAUAUUUUAUAGUGAUAAUGAUCUCGUUUCAAAUGAUAUUCAUGCUGUUUUCGAUAUUUAUAAGCCCACGUAUCAAUACGCGAACAUACCACAAUCAAAAGAAUGUAAAAACAAGACUGAGUGUACUUUUAACAUUCCAUUUAUGUCCUCGGAACGGGUUAUUGUUGAAGUACCCACCCGAGAUGGGAUCGAACAUGAAGAAGAUGAUAUUUCAAUGUUAAUAUCAACAUGCGAACCUAGAAUGGCAAUUUACAUGAUUUUUCCUAUAGCUGUGCUAUUUUUAAUAUUACUUUGUGCCUUUUUAUAGAGCCAGUGCCACACGAUGCGUCUAUCUUUGAAACUCGUCUUUGUAAAGCUAUUGACGAAUUCGGAAAUGGAACUCAUCGUGCAGCAAAUAUUUAAGAAAUCAAAUUUUAGCUUUAAAAAAGAUUUAACAAUAUUUAUUUUUAAAUAUUGUGAUCAAGUUUGAGCUGAUUGAGACUGUAUAUGCGUAAUAUUAUUUUGCCCAUUUAGAAUUCAGAAACUUAUUCUAAAUCCUAUUUAUAAGAAAUUUAUUCUAAAUGUAAUUGGGCUUAUUUUAAUUUCUUUUGAGAAAUAAAUUCGGUUUGGUGAUAAGAGAGAGAGAAGAUUUAAAACAAUUAAAAUAAAGUAACUCGACUCUUUUUUUAAUCGAUUACGUAGUCACACAGAAAUUUAACUAACAGAGAACUUAAAGCUACCAAAUUACGAAUCCAGCUCAAAGCUUUGGUAGCAUCAGUAAUUAAACUCGUGGAAUUUCGAAGUUAACGGGUUUCAAAUGUUCAAGGACAGGUUUAUUUUGUUACUAAAGAAUGAUGUUUCUUUAGGAAUUGAUUAGGCUUCAUAAAUUUUUUUGAAGCUAAAUAUACGUGAUCUCAUAUGUGUCAAAUAAGAGCGAAAAUUUUAAAUUUAGAUUAAUUUUCAUCAUAAAAUUUAGUAAAAACGACAGGAUAUUUAAAAAUAAAUUACCCCCUCAUUUAAAAUAUCAUUAGUUUUUCGUUAAAGAUUAACCAAGUAAUGAUGGAUAUUCCUUUUACGAAAUAUUUAGAAUUUUGUUUUUUAUUAAAUAUUCUGGCGCUUUUUUAUUUUGAGCCGAGGUUUGCAAGAGUUUUAAGAUGAAAAUCAUUCAAAAAUUUUAACAUAUAUUUAAA